AUGGAGAAAUCCGACUUUACCGAGAACACGGUUACGAAGAGGCUCAGUGGGGACGAUCCAGAGAUCCAGCGCGGGGGUCUUAACGAUCCCAACCAUGUUGAGCUAACACGCGCUCUGAAGGCGCGACACAUUACCAUGAUUGCUAUCGGAGGUGCUAUAGGUACCGGCUUGAUUAUUGGAACGGGAGAGGCUCUUGCAAAAGCCGGUCCCGGCGCAAUCCUGAUUUCCUACGCUUGGGUCGGUUUCAUCGUAUACCUUGUGAUGUGUGCUUUGGGUGAGAUGGCAGCAUGGCUGCCACUGCCCUCCGGGUUCACUGGUUAUGCCGUACGAUUUGUCGACCCUGCGCUUGGAUUUACCCUGGGUUGGACAUACUGGUUCAAGUACAUCAUUCUCUCGCCGAACCAAAUGACCGCCGGGGCGUUGGUCAUAUCUUACUGGAUACCAGCAGAAAAGAUCAAUCCAGGAGUAUGGAUUACCAUCUUCCUAGUCUUGGUUGUGGCAAUCAACUAUUUCGGAGUGAAAUUCUUUGGCGAAUUCGAGUUUUGGCUUUCCUCGUUCAAAGUCAUCGUGAUCCUCGGCAUCAUACUGCUGUCCUUCAUUCUCAUGUUAGGUGGAGGGCCAGACCAUGACCGGAAGGGCUUCCGCUACUGGAAGAAUCCAGGUGCUUUCAACCACUACGUGAUGGAAGGGCCGCCCGGUCAGUUCCUGGCCUUCUGGUCCACCAUGGUGUCGGCCACAUUCGCCUACCUUGGAACAGAGUUGGUCGGAGUGACAGUUGGCGAAGCCCAGAAUCCUCGCAAGACUAUCCCUAAGGCCAUCAAGUUGACCUUCUACCGCAUUCUUGUUUUCUACGUUCUGAGUGUGCUUCUGGUUGGCACACUUGUCCCAUACAAUUCCCCCAAGCUUUUGUUUGCCCUCGGAGACAACAACAAAGCUAAAGGCUCCGCCGCAGCUUCGCCCUUCGUGGUCGCUAUCGAGUUGGCCAACAUUCCCAUCCUCUCCCACAUUCUUAACGCGUGUAUUCUCCUCUUCGUCUUCUCGGCGGCAAACUCCGAUCUCUACAUUGCCACUCGCACGAUCUACGGUCUAGCCCGCGAGGGCAAAGCCCCGAAGAUUUUUGCUCGCACCGACCGUCGCGGUGUGCCAGUCCCAGCACUUGCCAUCUCUUCAAUCAUUGCACUGCUAGCAUACAUGAACGUGAGCGGAGACUCCCGCGUUGUGUUCAAAUACUUCGUGAAUCUCGUCACAAUCUUCGGUCUCCUUACCUGGAUCUCCAUCUUGGUGACACACAUCUACUUCGUGCGUGCACGCAAGGCCCAAGGCGUACCCGAGUCGGAGCUUGCAUACAAAGCACCUUUCGGUGUCGCAGGCUCAUACUUCGCUCUAGGAUUCUGCAUACUCAUUGCCCUGACCAAGAAUUAUGACGUCUUCAUCCACAAACCCGCCACAUACGGAAACUUCGAUUACAAGAACUUCAUCACGGCUUAUCUUGGCAUUCCACUGUAUCUGAUCAUGAUCGCCGGGUACAAGAUUGUCACCAAGUCGAAGGGAGUACACCCGUUGGAAGCAGAUCUGUUCUUGAUCGGAAAUUAUAUCUGA